AUGCCAGCAUCCUCCUCUCUUCUUUUGCAGGGUCUGAUCGGCUUCCAGGUUCUCCUGAACCAAUGCGCCCUGGUCGUUGCCCGUGCGAGGCAGCCAGACAUCCUACACAUGGUUGUCGGAAGUGGGCACGACGGCAAGACCUUAGUCUUCGUGGAUCAUUUGCAAGCCGUGUUCGGCACUGCAUUGAGCUGCGCUCCUUGCGCAAUGCUGCAAGCAGACAGAGAGUUUCAAGUGCAGGGCGUCAAUUUCCUCCACGCAGCCUUCAUCACCUUUGAUGAAUGCAAGAGGGAGCAAGGCAUCAUGGAGGAUAUCAUCAAAGUGUUUGUGGGAGGUGGCUGGCUGCCAUUGGGCAGAAAUCAUGAAGCAGAAACAAAAUACGGCCACUGGGCACAAACUGGAAAAGUUUGGGCAAUGAACACAGGCGACAUUCCCAAGGUGCCCACCGCGGAAGAGAUUUCUCACCAAAGACGUUUUCGCUGCACGUACAUGCGCUCCAAGUUCACAGCAGUCGAGGACGAAGUCGACAUCCCCAACAAAGUUUUCCAAGCAGACCCAACGGAUGGCCUCUGGAGAUGCUGUGUGGUGUUUCUUUCAAGAUUUCCUCUUCCCGCAUCGUCAGCACGGUGUCCAGAAAUGCAGCGAUGCCGUGCAAUACCUCAAACAACUGACAGCCCAGAUCCAGAUCAACAGACAGUUCCUGACCAGGGGCUGGAUGGUCUCCCUGCCGUGGACACCUCCAAUCAAUCCACCGCUGAGCGCAUCGUGCGGGAAACGCAUGCUGCGAUCCAGCUCCAGUUCUUCUCAGCAGCAGAGGUGAACCGAGCGCUGGUGGCAUCCAAUCCUGGAGCGUGCAGCAUAGUGGAAGCCAACUUGACCGCUUUGAGCGCAGAAGUGUGCGCAUGGGAUCGUUGCCUUGCAGAGUGUUUGGGACCAGACCGCUGUGUUGAGAUUGCUGGAACCUGGAACGACUGGGUCUGGCCACAUGCUUCCGAAGCAGCGUCCGUAUACGAUGACAUUGAAGAAGCGACUGCUUUUGGAAGAGGCAACCCUUGGACAAUCCGCUGCCACCUUGACCUCAAUGGUUUGCAGGAGUAUGGGAACACGGCCGGUGGCGAGGGAGGACAUCAUGCACGGCAAAUUGCUGAUCUGGCUCAACAAGAUGACCACACGGAUAAUACCGCCGUCCUCCCAGCCACCGGAUACCAAAAAAAGGUCGCUGGUGAAUCCCUGGGCAGAGUCUUUUUUCCAUGGCCGAGUUUUCCCAAUCUCUCUCGUUCUGCCAGAGCUUCUGGAAGCCCACCGGGCACCAAGGAGUACGACAUGCCGAAUGCUGUGGUCCACUUUGCCCUCGAGUUUGCGCGGGACUACGGGUUGACAUUGCCUUGCUUUCAGCGCUACAGAGAUUUCAAAGGUGACUGGAGGAAAGUGGUCAUGGCAUGGUUCUCCUUGAUGCUCUAUGCCAAAGACACCCCCGCGGAAGCUAUGAAGGCAGCUGUUCGACCUCGGCUUGAAACCUCAACCAUGGCAUUCCUUCUGUUUGACAAGGAGAACAAGGCCAUGCCGCACUUCUGCGAGCUCUUGCCCAAACAUGGCUUCGCCUUAGUUGCACCAGUGUUUGACGCAGUCUUGGCAGUGCCAAAGCCUGCCCAAAGCGAAGAUGGACAGGUCUCAAAUGAAGAGGCUUUGCUGUCUGAGUUUCACGCAACGACUGGCAUCAGGAUGCAAGUCCAAAACUUGGACACACACCGAUCUCCAGUCACAGUGCAGAGUAUCUUGGAAGACCUCUUAGCAGAAAACAACGCCGUCCGCAUGGAUGCCAUUGAACACAUACCAGGGUCAUACACUUGCGUUGGCGCUGCUCUGGUGAACCUCGAGGCAGACUCGUUCAAGCGCACCAUGUCCAACUUGGAAGGGCCCAUACCGUACCAACAGGCUACGCAGCUGUGCCCGAACCUGAUGGUGGAGCCGAUUGCUUGGUCUCAAGCGCUUGCUGCCUCUGCUGAGACUUGCCUUCUGGUGCAUGCUUCCAGCCCUUUGGACACCGAAGUUGGUCACGCAUACGGGUUGGAACUCCUGCAGAGCACGGCUUGCAUCUAUAGUUCCACUGAGGAAGAGUGCAUCCAGACGAAUGCUCAGACUUUGUGGCGACUAGUGCAGAAGGUUCCAGGCGCACAGGUAUUCAAAGUGUACCUGGUUCCUGACGGGCAACACCAGGCUAAACGAAGGAAAAAGGAAGGCGCUUGUGUCGAACUCCUGUUGAAAGCUGGCGGUGAUGAAGAUGAUGCCAGCUGGAAACAUGUGGUCCCCGCAGUCCGAGAGAUCAUGGGAAAGGAGGUGGCUGCGGAGAUAGCCCGUCAGAUGCUCAGACAGUUUACAAGUAAAUCUACACUGGCCCCGACUGUCAUUUGCACCAUUUUUGCAAGCCCAAAUAAUACACAUGGGCUCUCAUGGUUUCACGUCGGGCGUGGCGAGACUUCUAAGAUCUUAAAAGUAGGCUAA